CUAGGACACCCUCACUUAUCUGGCGGAGGAAAGGAGUUUCCAGCGCUUGGGUCUCCACAGUCAUCCCGGGGAAGGAGCGCAGGAGCCAGUGGGCGGUGAGAGGCGGAGCGAGGGACGCUGGGGGCGGGGACGCGGCCGGCUUUGGAAAGGCCCCAAGUUAAUGAGGCGUGCGCCGGCGGCGGAGCGCCUUUCAGAGUUGGGCUUUUCCCCGCGGUGCGGGCGCCAAGAGCCGCCUUUUCCGCUGGGUGUCACUCGGGGGUGGAGGGGAUGGCCCAUUCAAAAGCGUCGCGAGGGGGCCCGGCCAGUGCCCUUCAGUGAGCGCUCGCAAGAGGACCGCAAAGGCCCGGAGGCUUGCAGCUCCCGGACCUUGUGGCGCAUCAGGACGCGGCUGCCCCUCUGCCCGGGCCCCGAGGCGCCGCCGCUCUGCUUUCUGCGUGUUAGCCUCCUCUGCGCUCUCCGGGCGGGCGGCCGCCGAAACCGCUGGGGCGAGGACGGAGCGCGUCUGCUGCUGCUGCCGCCCCCAGCCCGGGCGGCUGGAAGUGGAGAGGCCGAGCCGAGCGGCGUCCCCCUCUAUGCUGGAAAGAUGUUGGAAAGCAGCAGCUGCAAGGCGCUGAAAGAAGGUGUGUUGGAGAAGCGAAGCGAUGGGUUGCUGCAGCUCUGGAAGAAAAAGUGCUGCAUUCUCACUGAGGAGGGGCUGUUGCUCAUUCCGCCCAAGCAGCUUCAACACCAACACCACCAGCAACAGCAACAGCAACAGCCUGGUCAGGGGCCAGCGGAACCGUCCCAACACGGAGGCCCCUCCGUGGCCAACCUCGAGCCGCCGGUCAAGCUCAAGGAAUUGCACUUUUCCAACAUGAAGACCGUGGACUGUGUAGAGCGCAAGGGCAAGUAUAUGUACUUCACUGUGGUGAUGGCCGAGGGCAAGGAGAUCGACUUUCGGUGCCCGCAGGACCAGGGUUGGAACGCCGAGAUCACGCUGCAGAUGGUGCAGUACAAGAAUCGUCAGGCAAUCCUGGCGGUCAAGUCCACGCGGCAGAAGCAGCAGCACCUGGUCCAGCAGCAGCCCCCGCAGCCACAGCUUCAGCCACAGCUUCAGCCCCAGCCCCAGCCUCAGCCACAGCCCCAGUCCCAGUUGCAGCCCCAGCCCAAGCCUCAGCCGCUCCACCCAUAUGCACAUCCGCACUCUCACCCGCAUCCUCAUCCGCACCCGCAUCAACUACCGCACCCGCACCAACAACCGCUCUCGCAGCCGCACGGCCACCGACUUCUCCGCAGCACCUCCAACUCUGCCUGAAGGGGGCAGCACCCGGGCAAGACAAGGUGACGAGGUUUUGAGGACUUGAUGAAGCGAGACGAGCACCUUCCCAUUGUCUUCACUUGGAUCGAAAACAAAUCUCUGCUCUGCACCAGAUCAAGUAGUUUGGACAUUACCAGACUGAUAACUUGGGAUUCCUCUUCAGUUUUCUGAGUACUCUUCUUCAUCACAAUGCAGGAAACGAUUUCAAGUCCAGAAGGCUUUAUUUAUGAACCUUUGAAAGGAUAUCCACUAUGGUGGACCUUCUAGGAGCGAUGAUGUACUGUAAUUUUAUUUUAAUGUAUUUUGAUUUAUGAUUAUUUAUUAGUUUUUUUAAAAUACUUGUUCUAAGACAUUUCUGAAUGUAGGCCGUUUUCCCAAAAAGGAGUUUUAUUUUCAAAAACCUAUUCCCUAGUAAGUUCUAAUCUUGUAAAGGAAGAAAGGGCAGUGUAGGGGAAAACACUAAGAAUUAAUUAAUUCAUUAUUCCUAGGGCAUUUUAAGAACAUCUGACACUUCCAUUGUUAUGCCAGGUGGUUGAAAUUAAACUCUGUGAUAUAACUUUGUUUUUGAGGUUUUUUCCCCUUAGAUAUAUCUGUUGUGUAGAAGUUUAAAGAAGCUAAAUGUUCAGAACUGUGUAAUUAUGAAAAUCUAAUUGUUUUUCUAAAAGGAAAUCAGUAGUAAUGAUGUCUAAUUCAAAAUACUUAAAACAUAGCCCAACUGAUGGCAAGGUGAUCUUGAACGUGUGGUAGGGCUGGGUCUACUGUAGGGAAAAAACCUCACUUACGUUAUCUGUGAAGGGUUAAUAAGGACGUUUCUUUGGUUGCUGAGUAGAAUUGCAUUCGGUGUUUCAUUUCAAAAUACAUAGUGAAGGUAAAGGGAACCAUUCCAGUUGUUUGAGAGACCAUUUUUGUGUUCUGUCCACAGUAGAGAUUACCCUCCUUCAAGAGCUGUGUAUACUUUACUUGAACCACAUUUUCUUACUUUAUUCUAGAAGUAUAGCCUAGAAUUUUAGAGUUUAAAAUGACAGUUUGUAACUAUUUCAAAGGACUAAGAGUCAUAACUUUUUGUUUUCUUACUGAAAAUAAUGUUGAUCAGAGAAACCAAAUGUUUUACUUUCUAUUGCUCUGUGAAAAAUUGGAAGGUUAUAUGUUUUGUUGUUAGGUUAACUAAACUCAGAAAUUGAAAAAGAAAGGAGUGAGUGGAUAAACACUGGAUUUUCAGUAGGAAAACAACCCCAGUUUUGUUUUAGCAGCCACUUGUUCAAGAGGGGUUGGGUGUGGGGGAUGUGCUUUUAAAGGUAAAACAAACCCUCUUCUGUGUUAAAUCAAAAGGAUGGUCAAAAUCCACAAGGGCAGAUGCUACUUGAGUAUAAAAUGUGCUGUAGAUGACACAAAAUCCAGCAGGGGCUGAAAAUCACUUCCUGUCUGCAUGGCUUUUACUCACAGGUCCCUGUUUUCCAUUGUCUUUUUCACAAAUUCGGGAUCAGUAAUUUUCCAGCAUCCAGAUUGGGCAGGUCAGUAUUAGGCCCAUGCUAAGUUAAUGUAGUCAAGAAAUGAAAACAGAAUUUUAUGUUAGAGAUACUCCUUCAUCUGGAAAGGAGUAUUGUGGUCAAAUUAUUUUUUAGCACAAUGAUGAAAUUUUGAGCUCAUUAAAUCCAAAAAGUGGCAAGGGAAAGUGAAAACUUGAGAAAAUGACAAGCAGAACUUAAGUGGACUUCCAGUGGCUAUUUAAGUUAUGGCUGUGAACAUAUGCUGCAAAGAUUUAAAAAAUCACACAUAUAUAUAUAUAUAUAUGUGCAUGUAAAUAGGAUAGGCAACUUAGCCAAAUCUCCAGAGCUGAGGCAAGUUUGGUUCGGCUUCUUUGGAACCACCGCUGUACUUUUUAGAUAAUGCCUCAUUGUGCUCGAGGUUUCAUAUAUGUACAUUAUAUAACCCCUAUUAAACCAUGGCUUUUUUCCAGAUAGACGGAUUUUUCUUUCGAAUUCAUUGCUAUGAAAAAGGUAAAACUUAUACCAAGUACUUUUAAAAUUAAGGUUCUUGUAGGUUGUUAGCUUAUACAUAGGCUAAGUACUGGCUGGUGGAAGAUUUUUUUCCACAAUGUCUGUGGUUCUUAAUGGGGCCACCAGAAUCAUGGUCCCCUGUUCUGUCUCUCCACAGCCUUGGUCUGCUGCGAUAUUUAUGUUGAAUUGACCCUGUUAGUGGCUCUCUAGUUUGAAGGUCUCUUAGCAUUUAAUUGUGAAACCUCAGAAAUGAGAACGGAGAGGAGUAGGAUGGUUUCUGUGUUUUGACAACAUUGAAAUUAUUAUGGUUGAAUAAUUCUAGAACAAAGAAACAACUACGCUCAACAAAAUACAAAUGCAAAUCAUUUAAUGUGUCAGUGGUUCUAUUCUACCCAUAAAAAAUUAUGUAAGCCAUCUAAGGUAUUAGAAGUCCUAACCAAUCACCUCCAUGAAAAAAGAUAAAAGUACUUCUUUCAACCCAAGAAAAAGAAGGAAAGGGGAGAUCCAACAGAAGGAAUGUCCCAUCUGACCUUUUGUCCUCGAACUUCUGUUGGCACCAAGCUUUGUAUACAGUGAGCUUAAUUAACUAUUUGUUGGGACAAACGAAUGAAGGAGGGAAACAAUGUGUAACUUCCCAGCACCCAGGAGGUGGUUUCUCUUGCCUCACAAUGUGCUUCAUUUGCUUUCCUGUUGUUCCCUGAGAACAGCAAUUACUGGGAAGGGCUUCACAACAUGACGGAGCUCCUUAGGCAUACUUUCUCAGCGGAAAUCACACAUCUGCGUAGGCCCUGCAGGGAGUGCUGAGGUCAGAGACUAAAUGGCUAUAAAGGGCCCUUUCAAAAUGAACAUUGCCCUCAUAGAGGAAGCUGGAUUUUGCUCAGAGAGAAACUGAACCAACUUUAUAAUUUCACUUGACGUUUUUUUCACUUGGAGGUAGAAAAACCCAACUUGCUGCUUAAAAAGAGUUUCUCUCAUUCAUAAACACUGUUAGGAGGUCUGGUUAAGUUCAAAGGUCUUUUUUUUUUUUUUUAAACUCUGUCUCAUCUACUUAUUUCUCUUAAAGAUUUCUCAUUUUAAAUCUGACACGUGUUUACAAUGUCAAUUUCAAUGGUAGGUUUAAAAGAGGGGUCUAAGACUUGAGCGGAACUAGAAAAAUCCCGUCAAACAGAGCUCUGUAGGGUGAGGAUGGGCCUGUGAGCAUUCAUUCUCUUUUUUUCCCUAACUGUUAAAACAAACUUUUUGCUCUACCAAUAAAUUGCUCUCAGCAGAAUAAAAUUUCAAUUUGAAAAUUACAGAGCUUGGUAUUGAAGCCAUCAGUGAUUCUUUCAAGAGAAAUAUACCAAUUUACCAAAAGUAAACUAAGAUAUAUUAAUUGUGAAAUGGUGUUGGAUGGGUUUUUAAGAACUACUUUCUAAGAUUUGGACAUAAUUUGAAGGGUGACUUUUUUGGUUUGAUUAUUGUACAGCCAAUUGAGAUGUAUAUAAUAUUGGAUAACAGCAGGGCGCCUGCCAAACAGUAUAGGACCCAAUGGGGUUUUCUUCGAAAGGGCAUUACUGUCCAGUGAAGGAAGCAGAAGGACUCCGGGUCUGCAGAAGCAUCUGCAUAAGAGCUAGAGAGGCCUGCUCCUUUCUGCUCUGAAGCUGGCCUGCUAGUGAUCAGCUGGGUAGAGAGGACGAGGAUCUUAAUAAUAGGUGGUCCUUCCAAAUCACUGUGUUUAUUUUGAGAAGAAAGAUAGAAUGACUGUCUGUUACAUUCCACUGUCAGCUUUCUGCUUAGUUUCAGAAUAUUCAAAUG